CUUUGUUGACAUUUGUCCUUUUCCGCAAACCACAACGGGGAUAGAACAAACUCUACAAUAACACCGAUCAUCACCUGGCCUCCCGUGGCUAGAAAGCAUUUACCACGCAGCACAGACUGUGUCUCUGCUUCCAGAUAUUUACUAUAAACUACCUCCUUUACCCAGCUAGCUAGCUUAGCUAGCUAUCAUCGCGCACCUCGAAUCCAAAGCACACCGCUUAAACCCCAGGACUCUCCAACCGCAACACCUCCUCUACACCACCAACACAGCACUCAAAAGAGGAAAAGCGAGAAGAAAAACAUGGACAUCCUCCGCUCAAUUCUCCAGCCCAUUACGCACAACCUGCCAGCUCCAAUCGCAGAAGCAGCCAGCACUCUUCUCGGGCCAGUAUGCUACCAGACACUCGUCUUGGACAUUGACCCAUUCUCUUCCCCCGAGUGCAUCAAGCUUGCGAUCUCGAAAGCACUUGGCAUUGGAAUUGUGCUCGUAUCCUCGAUCGUCAAAGUCCCUCAAAUCAUCAAACUCGUCGCAUCUGAAUCCGCCGCCGGUCUAUCACUCCCAUCUAUUCUUCUCGAAACUGCAUCCUACCUGAUUUCGCUCGCGUACAACGUGCGGCACGGGUUUCCCUUUAGCACCUAUGGCGAGACCGCCUUGCUCUCUGUGCAAGAUAUCGUUAUUGCCGCCUUGGUACUUUCAUAUUCGGGCCGGACGGUCGGCGCAGGAAUAUUCAUUGCCCUUCUCGCCGUAGUGGCGGGCGCGUUGUUCCAAGAGCGCGCCGUCAAUGCUGAGCUGCUGGCCUAUCUCCAGGCCGCAGCGGGACUGCUCAGCGUCGCGAGCAAAGUGCCCCAGAUCUAUACAAUCUGGAAAGAGGGUAGCACGGGCCAGUUGUCUGCGUUUGCAGUGUUUAAUUAUCUCGGUGGAAGCUUGUCCCGGAUCUUUACGACCCUGCAGGAAGUUGAUGACAAACUCAUCUUGUAUGGUUUCGUCGCCGGCUUUGUCCUCAAUGCGGUUCUAGCGGCCCAGAUGGUGCUCUACUGGAACAAGUCGCCCGCGGCAGGCCAGAAGAAGUCGGCAGGAAAAGCCAAAGGAAAGGCGGAAAAGACCACCUCGAGUCCCGCCGCGGGGACAAAGUCGAGAAAGCCUGCCACUCGGAGACAGGGGUGAAAAUUGAGCCCUACUCUGAUUUUUAUUUCUUUUUUGGCUUUCUUCAUUAUUAAUCUUUCCUCCUUUUCUUCUCUUUCCUCCAGGGCGGAGAGAAUAUCAAAAUUAAUCUUGGCAGAAGGGAAUGUUGGCUCGUUGGAUUUAGCUCCGCCCCGUUAUACCUAAUUGAUCAAGCUGUUUCCACUUUCUGUUUGUUACUUUUUGGUAUUGAGUCUGUAAGAUUAUUGCUUUUUAGUAUCUAGGCUGUAGGAUUAAUUCUAAUAUAAGAGCAAGUGAAGGCAAAAAGACGCUGUUCCCUUUUACUCCUUUUUUCCUCUUCUUCCUCUCCUUCUCUCCCUUCUUCUU